AUGACAAUCCAUAAAAGUCUGCAUGAUCUCAGAUUCGUGUGGCGGCCAAAUAAGGGUAUACUACCUCUUAAUAAAAAUGGCGCACAUAUCUAUUUAAUUGGCCAUGUCCUAACCGCCUUCGCUCCUCUCACCAAAUUUUUCGAAUCAGAGGAGGCAAAACCCGGCACGCUUAUAUUAGAUCUGAUAAAUUGCAAUUCAAUUUCCAAAAAUUGGAGCAAAACGAACAGCGAAGUAAGAUAUGAUAGCACAGGCGAUGUUGUCGGUUUACCAUGCAUUCAGGGUCCGACUGCGCAAGGAAUUAGUGGAAUAGUCUUGUAUCUCGUGGAUGCUUGUCAACCACGGAUUCCCGACAAAACUACUCACGACUUUCAGGUGAUAGCUUUGGUGAAAAAUAAUAUAUCUUGUAGCCUUCAACAACAAAUUACCAACGCUGUUAAUAUUACACCCUCCAUAGUGGGUAUAUUAUUCUAUGGUCAGAACGGCCAUGGAGAGGAUAUUCCUAAAGAUUUCGUCAAUGAUGAGAAACACCAUCCUUCGAGCAAACCUGCCUUUUAUGUUAGCAUGAGCGUAGCUAGUCAUAUACUGUCAUCCGCCGCAAGUCUUUAUAGCACAAACAUUAGUGGGACUCAAAUAUAUGCAACGAUGUUACCAUCACGAUAUGGUGGUACGACAACUUUAGAGGUAGCCUUUAUCAGUGUUCUGUCUACCUUAUUGGGUGCAUUUUGCAUCUCACUGGGAAUACAUUGCGGAGUGUAUCGAUGGAGGCGUGGUACCACGAGAGCGGAACCUUUGGUGAUAAUCAACCAAACUUUCCUGGAAAAAAAGGUAUUGGACAGUUUUCCGGUCAAAAAAUUUAAAAAAUCAUGUUGCUCUGAGGAAGGCGUGAACGAAAAGCCUGAUUGCAUAGAUGUGAACGAUCCUAAUGAUACGGAAGUAGGAUGUAGUGGGGGAGUAAUGAUAGGAAACAUUAACGUGGGAAAUCAAGGUGCUGAGGUAAAUAGUAAAGAGGAGAACAUUGAAAAGAACAAUGACAAUGUCAGGAUAGAUAAAAUAGAUGUGGAUAUUGAGAAAAAGGAGAUUGAGGGAAGGGAUGACAAGGGAUUGGGGGAUAACGAUGGUCAGAGCAUAGAAAAAGAAAUAAAUUUAGAAAAGGUUGUUGAAUCAAUAUCAAUUGAUGAAGAGGAUACGAAGGAUAUAUCACAAAAGACAACGAUGGAUUUUAAUAACACAAGGCCAAUGAACUCUACACCAUCACUGUCCGAAGAAGCGUCGUCGCCUGAUGAAAUUGCAAUCGCAGUAACAUAUGAUCAAGGAAUCACGACUCAAUCACCACUUCCGGAAACAGAUGGGAGAUCAUUAAUGGAGUAUCAACGGAAUUCCUCCACGAGUAUAGAGCAGCAUAAAAUACAAGGCCCGCAGAUUACCUGUGCCAUAUGUUUAGAUGAUUUUCAAGAGGAUGAUUUGUUGAGAAUAUUACCUUGCGAACAUGAAUAUCAUGUUGGAUGUAUUGACGAAUGGCUCUCAACAAAGUCGACAAAGUGUCCGCUUUGCAAAUUCAAUUGCGACCUAUCAGAAACAUCGGAUUCUCAGAGCGACAAAUGUGAUAAUGAUGAGGCAUCCACCUCUAUUGUUGUUUUACCUACAUUAACGACAGAUAAUGUCGAAAUUAACGAUGACAACGCAAACGACGAAAAUAUUGUUAACGAUGAUAUAAUAGUGACAAUCGAUCCACCAAUAGAUACCUCAUCGAUACAACCAUCAUCGAAUGAUAAUCAAAAUAUUUAA